CGCCCGGGGCUCUCAGCGCUGCUCCCCCCGGCCCAGCAGGACGCCAGAGCGGAGCCCAGGCGGGCAGCACCCGCGGAGAGCGGACAGAGACCAGCGGCAAAGGAGCCGCGCCGGAUUCACGCCAGGUGCUGCCUUCUCUCCUGAGGCGGGGCUCCCAAGAACAGUUCGGCCGCACUACAUUUGGAGUGUAAGUCGUUGCCUGAGGGAGCCUAAACCAUGGCUUGGAAUGAAUUCAGUGUCCUCAGCUGGCUCAGGGAGAGUCGGCAGUCCCGAAAACUAAUUCUGCUUAUUGUUUUCAUUGCAUUACUCCUGGACAACAUGCUGCUUACUGUAGUGGUGCCAAUAAUUCCAAGUUACUUGUACAGCAUUAAACACCAGAAAAAUGAAACAGAAAUCCAGACUAUGAGACCUGAGAUAGCUGCUUCGACUGUGGCCAGUUUUCAAAGCAUCUUCUCCUAUUAUGACAACUCCACAAUGGAUACUGGAAGUCAGUCUGAUAGGACAAGAUCAAGAGAUUUGUUUCAUACUCAGACAGAGCAAAUGGUGGUAAAUGUGACUAACGUACCACCUGAUUGCCCCACGGAAGACAAGGACUUGCUAAAUGAAAAUGUCCAAGUUGGUUUAUUGUUCGCUUCUAAAGCCACUGUGCAGCUAAUCACAAACCCUUUCAUAGGACCAAUGACAAACAGAAUAGGCUACCAGAUUCCAAUGUUUGCUGGCUUCUGCAUCAUGUUUCUGUCAACAAUUAUGUUUGCCUUCUCGGGAAGCUAUACAUUGCUUUUCAUAGCAAGAUCUCUUCAAGGAGUGGGUUCCUCCUGUUCUUCUGUGGCUGGGAUGGGUAUGCUGGCCAGUGUUUAUACAAAUGAUGAAGAGAGAGGCAAUGCAAUGGGAAUUGCAUUAGGAGGACUGGCUAUGGGAGUAUUAGUGGGUCCACCUUUUGGGAGUGUGAUGUAUGAGUUUGUGGGAAAGACAGCACCUUUCCUUGUGUUGGCAGCAUUAGCUCUGUUAGAUGGAGCUGUUCAGUUAGUUAUUCUACAACCAUCCAGAGCACAACCAGAAACUCAAAAAGGGACACCAUUAUUGACCCUCUUGAGAGAUCCAUAUAUCAUUAUUGCCGCAGGAUCAAUCUGCUUUGCAAACAUGGCUAUUGCUAUGCUGGAACCAGCAUUGCCUAUCUGGAUGAUGGAGACCAUGUGUUCAAGAAAAUGGCAACUUGGCGUCGCUUUCCUUCCAGCUAGUAUCUCUUAUCUUAUUGGAACUAAUAUUUUUGGGGUACUUGCACACAAAAUGGGAAGGUGGCUUUGUGCUCUACUUGGGAUGAUAAUCGUGGGAAUAAGCAUUUUAUGUGUACCAUUUGCCAAAAACAUAUACGGGCUUAUAGCACCAAAUUUUGGGGUCGGGUUUGCCAUUGGAAUGGUGGAUUCCUCAAUGAUGCCAAUUAUGGGCUACCUUGUAGAUCUGCGUCAUGUUUCAGUUUAUGGCAGUGUGUAUGCAAUAGCUGAUGUUGCCUUCUGCAUGGGGUUUGCAUUAGGUCCCUCUGCUGGUGGUGCCAUUGCAAAGGCAAUUGGAUUUCCAUGGCUCAUGACAAUUAUAGGGAUUGUGGAUAUUCUCUUUGCUCCUCUAUGUUUUUUCCUUCGAAGUCCACCUGCCAAGGAAGAAAAAAUGGCAAUACUCAUGGAUCAUAACUGUCCCCUUAAAACAAAAAUGUAUACUCAGAACAACGUCCAGUCAUAUCCAAUAGGUGAUGAUGAAGAAUCUGAAAGUGAUGAAUAUUAAAAGCCAUAUUGAGUAUUUUGGUGUACACAAUGCAGUGUUUCCUGUGAAACAUCUCAUACAGAAAUAUGUUUUAGGUGUACUGUACUUUCAAUGGUGAAAUAGUAAAAAAACCAAAGGUAUAUUAUUUAUUUCCCAUGGUUAUAAUGCAGAUUGCCAACUGCCUUAUAAAGAGAAAAUAGCUUUUAUAGGGGGUUUGUAUCGUGGUGAAAACUUUAUUUUAUGUAUUUAAUUUUAUUAAAUAUUAUACAGUAUAUUUUUGAUUAACUGUGUAGUUAAAUCUGUAUAAACAUUUGAAUUCAAACUAUAAUUUUCUAAAUCUUAUUCAUGGGCAAUGACAUAAGAUUUCCUAGUUUGGACUCAUUAGUGGGUAAUGAGUUCUUGACAGUAAAAUGCUUCUAUUAAUUAUUCCUUUGAUUAAAAAAAUGUGAAGUUCAAAGAGUACACAACCUAUCCAACUGUCAGCUCUAUUAAAUGUACUGUGCUCUUUGAAGCACAUUCACCAGAGAUAAAGUCUAGAAUUAAGACAGCACUUUAUUACCAGUUGCUCAGCUCAGGGUCAUACAGUG